UUAUCCCGGUACUGCGUGUUGUGCAGGUCUCGUGCGUGCCCAGCUGGGAAGGAGCGAAGACGUGGCUGGUGGUGUGGCGUCAUAAGUCGCAGCUGCCUUCCCGAGGAUGCCCCGUCCAGCAGUGACAGCAGCUGCGUUUGCGUCGUCAGAAACCCACCAACAGCCCGCACCCACCAUUUCAGCUCGACUCUCGCGAAACACACCCGAACUGCCUACGAAUUUCUUGUUACCCAUCGCUUACUGCGCUGCCCGCCCUAUCUGUGUGCAACCGCCGCCCGCGACAGCUUCUCCGCUUCUUUGCGCUGCCAGCCCGCAGGGGUGCUCCAGGUACGCUACACAUCCCACCAAAUCGUCUCUCUCAUCUCGCUCCGACAAUCACGCAGCACGCAGUCUAUACCCAGUGCGCUGAUAUUUCUGCGCAAGCAGUUUACGCAGACAACUCCACGCGAGUAAAUUUCCACCCCACAUCGCUCCACCGUUAUAGUUCCCUCGCCCUGUACGCAUAAUAUUGUCGACGUCUUCGCACAUUGAACACCGUGCGCUGCAUUCUUGCG